CAAGAGCACGAAGGACAAUAUUCGAAACAACACGCAACACGACAUCGUCUGCGCACUCCCAAAUACGUGCGUUUGAGCUCUUCUCUCGACGAGUCCUCUCGAACUCAGUUCCACAUCUAGCAAUAGCCGCCACAUCUACAACGGAGACCAGCAAGCGAGCCAAACCAAUGUCCCAACCGCAUCAGGAGCGCACUCGGCCCCACCAGGGCGACCUGGUGCAGGCCCAAGCUUUCGCUGCCCCCGUGCCCAUCGUGGAUAUUGGCGUGAACUUAAUGGAUCACUCCUUUCAGUCGGACCUUCCCAAGGUCCUGGCACGCGCUGCAGCUGCGAACGUGCGGGCGAUGCUUGUGACCGGCACGUGUGUGCGGACCAGCACUGCUGCCGCCGAGCUCGUCGAUGAACACGCCGCUGGCCACCCCGACCAGCCGCUUCUCUACUUCACCGCCGGCGUGCAUCCACACAAUGCCAAGCAAUGCACUACCGACACACUGGAGCAGCUGCGCCGGCUGGCCUCCCACCCCAAGUGUGUGGCCAUCGGCGAGUGCGGCCUCGACUUCAAUCGCAACUUCAGUCCGCCCGACGUGCAGGAAAAGUGGUUUGAGCACCAGGUGGUGUUGGCAAAGGAGUUGCGCAAACCCCUGUUCCUGCAUUGUCGGGAUGCUGGCGAGCGCUUUGCUGAGAUCUUGCGGCGCCACGCGCCGCUGCCAGCACCCGCGGUGGUGCACUGCUUCACCGGCAGCGCGGAGGAGCUCCGCGCCUUCCUGGACCUUGACGCCUACAUCGGCAUCACCGGUUGGAUCUGUGACGACCGGCCGGAGCGCGGCGGCGCGGAGCUGGCGGCGCUGCUGCCGUCUAUCCCACGUGAUCGGCUCAUGAUCGAGACGGACGCGCCGUACCUCGUGCCUCGCACCAUCAAGCCCUCCAAGAAGCGCCCCGGUCGCAACGAGCCGGCUCUGUUACCGCACGUGCUCCAGGCGGCGGCGGCGGCGCUGGGCGUGACGCCGGAGGAGCUGGGCAGCAGCAGCACCGAAGUGGCGUGCCGCGUGUUCGGGCUGCCGCCCUCCCAGCUGGGUCUGGCGGCUGACCCCCGCUGAGAGGCGGCGCUACCGGCUGCGGAGCUAUCCCACCAUGACCCCGCCGACACAGCCGGCUGAGCCGGCCGCGACAGAGCCCCCGGGGCUUCUCCCCGGCUUCGCGUGGUUCGGCCAAAAAGCAGGCAGCAGGCAGCGCCAGCGGCUCAGCCGCCAUGCGUUGCCAGCCACAGCCUGACGCUGCGGUGGACUGCAGCGCCCCACCCCCCACACACACACACCGCCCUGUCGGGCGUCGGCCACCCGCACGGAUGAUAAGGCGUGUCAGGGUCUCAGCGCUCCUCACUCGCACGGACACGUGCUGCCGACUGCGUGGCAGGCAGUCUCUGUGUUUGACGCCGCAUCCGUCGCAUCUGGCAUGGCAUUGCCUGGUGCUCUGCUUUUGGGGUCACGCGAGACCGGUGCUGCGUGUAGACUUUCCUUGCGGUGUUCCAGCACGCAAAGUGAGCGGCGCUGAUGGCGUGAUGCUGGUCAAGCCAGAUGUGCAGCUUGCGAAAGAUAGGGCUUGCAGUAAGUGCUUCAACUGCCUGUGACGCAAUUGGGGUUACACCUGCUGCGGCAUUGAAGCUUUGCAUGAAUCUCCGACCUCUGUAAUAGCAGUUUUCA